AUGAAUACUAAUGACGAAACCAACGUGAAGCCGUUCGAGUACUGGUCCAACCGUUGGAACACCGAGAACACGACAUGGCAUGUCGGCAAUGUGUUUCCACUACUGGAGGAGCACCAAGAUGUCGUACUGGCGGGAAAACAAGACGCCCAGGUCUUCAUCCCAAUGUGCGGAAAGGCGCCCGAAUUGAAAUGGUUCUACGAUAGGGGUCACCGCGUGGUUGGCGUAGAAUUCUUCGAAUCCUGUGUCCGGAGCUUUUUCGUCGACAAUGGCAUCCCUUUCGACGAAGCCGUGUGUCCUGUUCUCAAGUGCAAGAUUCUUCAGACUGAUGAUAAGAGGUUGCGAAUAUUCGUCUGCGAUCUCUUCGACUUCGAAAAAUCCUGCGCCGGAGAAAUGGACAUCGUGUGGGAUCGGGGAUCUUUAAGUUCCGUCGACAUAGCCCACCGAGACAGGUACGUCACUUUGAUAAAGUCACUGCUGGCACCGAACUUUUCCUACGGUUUGUGGGCCAUCGUCUAUGAUGAUGAUCAAUUCAAGGAAUGCCCCAAGAGCACGCCGGAGCCAGUCCUUCGCAAGCUGUACGAAGGAAACGGUCUGAAGCUGCGUUUGGUGGACACAUUCGGCCCAAAGACGGUUCCCUUCACCAAGUCUCCGGCCAACUUCUACCUCUGGCACGUGACCGAGUGACGUGGAAGCCUCCGGCAGCGACCAUGCGUCGCCACAGUGGAGCGCGUUA